AUGGCCGGGCUGCAGCGGUCGAGCGAGACGUACCGGCGGUCCGGGUCGUCGGGGACGGUGUGGGAGAACAAGCACCAGUCGGCGUCGGGCGAGCUCACCGCCAAGCCGGCCCGGCCCAAGGACGCGCGGCAGCAGUGGAGCGGCCACGGCGGGUACAGGACGACCGCCCACGUGCAGCCGGCGCUGGACCCGCCGUCCCCGCGCGUCGCCGCCUGCGGCUUCUGCAGCCUCUUCUGCAAGGACAAGCAUCAGCCGCCCCGACGCGCCAGCGGCAGGGGCCGGCGCCGCUGA